UGUUCAUUAUUUCGUCGAUCGCAUAAGUUCCUUAAAGACCUCUUCGUCGAAAAUCGCUUCUAGGCUGUCUAUACUUUCUGUAUUCUGAAAUGACCGCAGUUAAUCGCUUCCACGCGCAGGGCACUCAUGCCUCCGCCCUGGAACUCAUCGGUCAUACACCCCUCGUCCGCCUUCAGAAGAUUCCCCAGUCUCUCGGGAUUGAGGCCAGCGUUUACGCAAAAUGCGAGUUUUUCAAUGCCGGCGGAAGCGUCAAAGACCGGAUAGCCUUGCGCAUGAUUGAAGAGGCGGAAAAGUCUGGUCGAAUAAAACCUGGAGACACGCUCAUCGAGCCGACUAGUGGAAACACUGGGAUAGGGCUCGCUCUGGUUGCAGCCGUUAAAGGCUACAAGACCAUUAUCACACUUCCAGAGAAAAUGUCCGCAGAAAAGGUGGCCGUUUUAAAAGCACUGAACGCCACCAUCAUCCGCACACCUACACAAGCAGCCUUCGACAGCCCCGAAUCCCACAUUGGAGUCGCGAAGCGCCUGGAAAAGGAGAUCCCGAACGCCCAUAUCCUCGACCAAUACGGCAACCCGGACAACCCGCUUGCACACGAACUUGGAACCGCAGAAGAGAUAUGGGAACAGACAAACGGCACAAUUACCGCAGUCGUUGCAGGAGCCGGCACGGGAGGAACAAUCACCGGUCUCGCCCGAGGCCUACACAAACACAAUAAGAACAUCAAGAUCAUAGCAGCUGACCCGCAAGGUUCAAUCCUCGCUCUUCCAUCUCAACUCAACGAACAAUACGCCAACCAGCAAUACAAAGUCGAAGGAAUAGGCUACGACUUCAUUCCCGAUGUGCUGGACCAGAAAGUCGUGGAUAAGUGGUACAAGACGGACGACAGGGACUCCUUCCACUACGCUCGCCGGCUGAUCGCGGAAGAAGGUCUCUUAGCGGGCGGUAGCAGCGGGUCUGCCAUUGCCGCAACAAUCGCGGCGGCCAGAGAACUCAAAUUGGGCAAAGACGACGUGAUUGUGACCAUUUUACCUGACAGCAUUCGAUCAUACCUAACGAAAUUCGUCGAUGAUGACUGGCUUGCAGCGAACGACCUCCUGCCACCCACACCGCCCCCUGAACCAGAGCCAGAACCAGGGUCCCCGCGUAUCUCACGACGAGACAGCGUCAAGCAAAGUGACCAGUUCCAAGGGGCACGUGUCAGAGAUCUGCGUCUCAAGCCCGUGCAAACAGUUACAUCCGAUCAGCCAUGCUCAUCCGCCAUCGAAGUCAUGCGCGAGAAGGGUUUCGACCAACUCCCCGUCCUCGCACCCAGAGGCCGCCGACUGGUCGGUCUAGUCACUCUCGGCAACCUUCUAUCGCGGAUCAGUCACGGUCGAGCCACGGCGAACUCGCCUGUUUCCGACGCUAUGUUCGACUUCAGCAAGAUCAGCGAAGUUACCGUCGAUCACAACGACUUCAGUGACUUAGUAGCCUCCGGGUCGACGACGUUUUCGAGCGAAAUGAGCGAGAAGCCAGACGCCCAAGGGCCCAAGGGUCGUCAACCCAAGAAGAGGCGACAUUUUGUCGAGAUCACCGUGGACACUCCUCUCAGUGCCCUGAACAGGUUCUUCGAGUGGCAGAGCGCCGCAAUCGUUACAGAACGAGACAACAGCGACAGCUCGGGGACUGGAAAGGGGCCAGCCAUGAAACCAGUGGCUGUCGUGACCAAGGUAGACUUAUUGACGUGGAUGUUGAGCAAGAACAAGGUGCACUGAAGUAAUAUAGAUCUGGCCGAGUUCUUCGUGCUCCGAGAUAGAGUAGACGGCUGUACUUGGGGCAACCUAUCAUGGAUCAUUGUCUGGCUCGAACAGGUGAAUCGAGCUUUUGAGCGUUUGCAUGGAAAGGACAGAUCUCCCAACAAACCGCAUUCAACAUGUAAGGCGAAGGCGCGAGGACAGGGUUGAUGGUUUGUCUUACGAUAUUAAACCUCGUCUGACAAAUGGCAAGCUGGCAAGCUGGCAUUGGUAUUAAUGCUCUAUGGGCGAAGAGCGACGGAAAUCAUACAUGUUGACUGUACGAAGUACGUACUCACAGCAAUCAAUACUCGAGAGACGCUUUUGCCGGCCAUUGUGCAGAAUGUGUCUAGAGUACCUGGUACUUCCUAAGCAUUGACAAGAGCCGAAGGAGAGCACGCCGUGCCCACCUCAGUUAACUAUCACAAUGGUGGCCAUGC